GCACCACACAAGUCCAUUCCUCACACAACUCACAAGUAGUGCUUGCUCCCAUCAUCAUCAUCACUACACAACACACUACAAACACACCACCAGGAAGCAGCAGCUAGAGCUAGAGUAGUAGAUAGAUAGAUAGCCGGCGGCCAAAACCACCUCUCCCUUUCCUCUCCUCUCCUCCCUCUCGAUCUCGCCUUCUCCAGCUAACACAGCUUUCUAGGGCUUACACCGGCCGCCGCAGUCCCGAGCCGGCCGGUCGUCGAUCCACAUCACCAUUAUUCCAUCUCCUGAUAUCGAUCGAGCUCCUCCCUCCCUCCGGGCUGAGGCGCCGGACGAAUUCCGGCGCGUCGAGCUCGCUCGCUUAUAUUAGCGCCGGCGCGGCGGCAGCCGGGGCCAUAUCUAUAGCCGGAGGGGGCCAUAUGGUGGAAGCUAUUUGAUCUCUGAUCUGAGCUGAGCUGGGGAAGGAAGUGUGUCGUCGCCGGUAAUUUGAUGAUGCUUGUGUGAUCAUGAGCGGUGGCUAGCUUAAUAAAGAGAUGAUAAGCGGCAAUCUCACCAAUGAAGAGCUGGGGGCCGGGUGCACCAAGGCCGAGGGGCCGACCGCGGGCUCCGGCGCCGGCGCCGUCGUCGCAAAGAGUCCCGUGCUGUCGAGCUCCCGGCACUGGCCGCCGUCGACGGAGUCGAGGAUCGUGCGCGUGUCGCGGGUCUUCGGCGGCAAGGACCGGCACAGCAAGGUGAGGACGGUCAAGGGGCUGCGCGACCGGCGCGUGCGGCUGUCCGUGCCGACGGCGAUCCAGCUCUACGACCUCCAGGACCGGCUGGGCCUCAGCCAGCCGAGCAAGGUGGUGGACUGGCUGCUGGACGCCGCGCAGCACGAGAUCGACAAGCUGCCUCCGCUCCAGUUCCCGCCGCAAGCGCAGGACCUCGUCGCCCAUCUGCCGCCGUCCAUGGUGGCGCCCUUCUCCAACGUUGCAGCUGCGGCCGACCGGGCCGCCGCCGCGAACGCGUCCGCGGCGGCGAUGGCCGACGGCGACAAACGCCACUGCCACGGCGGCGGCAUCAAAGGGCUCAUGGGCCUCAACAAUUCCAUCGGCCUUGUCAACGCCACCAUGCCGCUGGCUCACGGCUUGUACUACACGCCCGCGGGUGAGUCUUGGACGACCAAUGGCAAUAAUGCCGCCGUCCAUGAUCAUCAGGUGAGCCACCACGGCACUUCGCCUCAGACGACGGUGGCUCACCACUCGCCGUUCUCAUCUCUGCUGUCUCUUGCUGCUCCGGGGCCUCAGCUCGUCUUCUACUCGCCGGAAGGCGGCGGCUUCGCCAUGAAAGAAGCCGCCGAUCAUCAGUUCCCUGUAGAUAGCCUCGAACAUUCUCAAGGCCAGCUCUCACUGAGCUCAGCAAGAAGCUUCCUUCACCCCGGCAACCAGGGAUGAUUAGGUCACUGAUCUCUACUGCUCCAAGAAGGUACGUAGAACAAUAAAGCUUGGUGUAGUGGUAAUCAAGUACUCGUUUGAAGGUUCCAUAAAGCUCUUGUGUAACUGCAGUUUUGAGAUUUUGGUAUCAUCAAUUAGAGGAGGCUCUAGCGUAGAGAGAGCUGCUAGCAUGCAUAGUAAUUCAGGUUAUUUUUGCAGGACAUGCAAGGCAAUUCGUUGCUUCUUUUUUAUACAAGGAAGUAACCGGUCAUAUGGGGUGUGAUGUGGUGUGUGUGUGUGUGUGUGUUGGUAAUGUAAUAACAAUUUAUAAUUCGCUCUUGAAUUUCUGCUUACCUAGAUUGUGUUCCUUUUGUGGACAUUGCCUUCAUAUAUACUCGAGAGCAAUCCAUACCGAUAUUUUGAGGUGUUUUUA